AUGGAGAAUACAGUAGGCUGGUACGAGCGCUAUAAUGUCGAAAAGCCCAAUCCCCACAAUUCAUUCGUUUUCGUUCCGGACUACAUCACGAACACCUGGCCAGCUCCGAACUAUAAUAACCCAGAAUCUCGGGUAACCAUUUCGCGGGUGGUUGAGCCAUUGACAUUGGGGCUGGCAUGUGUCGCUGUCGGGUUGAGACUUUUUUCAAGGCUGAUCGGGUCAAAGAAACUAUUCCGGGAGGACUAUUGGAUACUUGCAGCAGUCUUUUUUUGCGCAUUAAAGUCUGCCAUUGUAAUAGCGAGCACAACUGUAGGAUUCGGUUUACACCGCUACGAUAUCUACCCUAACGAUGUGAGAGCGUUGAACAAGUACUACCUCAUGGGUAUCCUGUUCUAUCUAGCAUGCGUGAUGUUCACGAAAGCGUCGAUUAUCCUGCGGUACCAGCGAAUGUUUCCUCCAGAGGUGACACAUAUUCGACGAACAUCGCAAAUCUUGGUGGCAGGGUUUUUCGCCCUUUUCGUUGUUACCGCUACCCUUAUGGUUAAUACUUGUAGGCCCGUGCCAUCUCUAUGGGUUUAUGAAAAUCCUGGGAAAUGCAUCAACGUGCAGUUGUUAUACAUAUGUAACAUUGCGGGCAACUUUAUCGUCGACUUUGCGAUCUAUCUGCUACCGAUCCCCUAUCUAUGGAAACUCAACCUGCCCAAGCGACAAAGGUUGAAUUUGGUCGUUAUCUUUGGACUAGGAUUUUCAGUUUGUUGCAUAGCCUUGGUGGAGUUAGGAGUUUCAAUCAAACUACACGACGAAGGUUUCUUCGACUGGACAUGGAAAGGACCUGUACUAUGGUCGUGUACUGCAUUCGAGUUACUGUUCGCAAUCACAGCAGCGUCUUUGCCUGAUCUGAAGGCGCUUGUCGCAAAGUUUCUGCCCCGGCUUAUCUCCCACGGGUCAUCGGACGACCAUAACUUCGAAGCUGGUAUAUCACCUAGCCCUAGAGAUGGUGCUCAGAAUCUAGCCAUCGUUAACCCGGCAGCAUUAUCGCCGAAUCUUCUGGAGGGAAACCGAGGAUCGAAACGGCUAUCGAGACCAUACUGGCUCAGAAGCCAAUUAGAAGGUUCUUUAUUCAAUAACUCUAUACCGUCAAGGAGAGGGAGUGCAGUUCCUAGCGCCGAGGGGGAUAUGGGGGUUACAAAGCAAGCGAACGAUGUCGAAAAGGCCGAGAAGAGGGUGACAAGGAUAUUUGAGGAAGACACGAUUGCAGGAUCGCAGUCGACGGUUCUCGGAUCUGAAGUUGAACCGUCUACCUUGAAGCCAGCACUAAGUGAGAUCGAGCUUGUGAAUUCAAACAAAGCAGGCUGA